AUGGUGAUUAUAAUCCCUAUCCCUGAUACUUUGAGGGCUAGUUUAGUUUUGUUCAUCGGUAUCUAUAUCAUGUCCGGCUGUGUUGAUGCGACAUACUUCAACGUCAUGAGAUAUGGAGCUGUUGGAAACGGCAAGAAAGAUGAUUCUAAAAUUUUCGGAAAAGUAAUCGCGCCAGAAAUGUCAUCGUGGGACGAUAAUGAUGACAAGAGUUGGUUGGUAUUCGAUUCAAUAGACGGACUUACAAUCCAAGGACCAGGCCAAUUUGACGGCCGAGGUUCAUCAUGGUGGAAAUGCAGAACGGAUCACAAAUGUUCUCGUGCACCCACGGCAUUUGUGGCCAAUCACUGUAAUCACCUGAAGAUUGUUGGUGUGUAUUUCGUAGACGCUCCAAUGUUUCAUAUAGUCAUAAACGGAUGCGACAGGGUUGCAAUUUCUAACAUUCAUAUAACCGCACCUGAAGACAGCAUGAACACUGAUGGUAUUCACAUCGGAAAUUCUAAAAACGUGUAUAUUGAUCACUCCAUUAUCGCAACAGUUGAUGACUGCAUUUCUAUUGGGAAUAAUAGCUCCUAUGUCUUUAUUAGUAAAAUUACAUGCGGACCAGGACAUGGAAUAAGUAUUGGAAGUUUAGGAGCAGAUAAAUCGAGUGCCGCCGUUGAAAUGAUACGUGUUACUAGUUGUAAUUUUAUAGGGACUAUGAAUGGGGCGAGAAUCAAGACAUGGCAGGGAGGAUCUGGUUAUGCAAGAGAUAUCAAGUUUGAAAACAUAUAUUUUGAUUCAGUUGAUCACCCCAUUAUCAUUGACCAGUAUUACUGCAAUGGUGAUCAUAACUGUGAAACACAUAAAUCGGCCGUGAAAGUGAGUGACGUGACAUUCAAAGGGUUAAGAGGUACAUCAACAAAACAAGUGGCUAUCGAUCUGGCUUGCAGUAAAACAGUUGGCUGCACAGACAUUACUCUCGAAAGAAUUCAAGUGAAGCAUAUCAAAAGGGAAAAAGAUACAAUUUCUAACUGUAUCAAUGCCCAUGGAAUUUCUCAAGGUCCUGUUUCUCCACCUGUUCCAUGUCUUUCCUAG